CAAACAUGCGAAAUCAAUUUGAGGGAAUAAGAAAUGAUUAUAAGGACGUAGUAAAUAAACAACACUCAUUAAUCGAAAAAGAGCGAGCAGAAACCUCUAUUGUUAGAAGAGAGAAUUCAAAUUUACAGCGUUUACUGGGAUUAAGUGAAGGACAAGCUAAACAAUUAGAAAUUCAAUUAGCCGAUAAAACUAAUGAAUUAAACCAAAAUAGGCAAGCGUUAGAUCAGUUAAGACAAGCCUUCCAAGAUUUAUUAGUUAGCAAUGCUACCUACCAAACGGAAGCACGAGUGGUUAAGGAACAACUAGAUUGA